CUCUUAGUUACUAAAUUACUAUACUUGAUUCUUGCUGUUCCUCCCCCUCCGCUACUUGACUGCCAUAGCGCCCAUCACAUCUAGCGACGUUUCCCUCUGUCAUACGAAACCAAGGCCAUAUCAUAUGCUCAAGCAGGCGAGCCUUCGACUACCGACUUCACCGUUCGCACAUAUAUAUCUCCACCAUGAGGGCCUCAUUCGCAGCAUUAAUCGGGCUAGCAGCCAGUGUAGCCAGCCAGGCCUCCUACCCUGGCGCGACCUACAACGGAUGCGGCACGCCUGUAAACUUUAAUACCUUCGUCCUAGUCUCGGUCCAAGCUGUUAACAGUCCAGUCUACUGCCGACAAAACUGCUUCGUGUUCAACAGUCGGGCAUUCGGCGCACUCUAUCAGGGCCAGUGUUACUGUAGCCCUGUAGGUCUCAACAGUAUUACCUAUGCGACACCACCGAACGAUAGUGAUUGCACGGUCCCGUGUCCUGGACUUCCCACUGCUUUUUGCGGCGGCGUGGCCAACGGCGGCGUGGUGUACGACGUAUACAGCUUUGGUACGAUAGUUGCGACCACCUCUUCAAGCUCCUCAAGCUCGUCAACAUCUUCGAGUUCAUCCACCUCGUCCACCUCGUCCACCUCGUCCACCUCGUCCACCUCGUCCAGUUCGUCGACCUCUUCAACCUCUACCGACACGAGCAGCACGUCCACCUCGUCUACCUCCUCAACCUCUACCGACACGAGUAGCUCGACUGUUUCCGGGACAAGCAGUACUGAAACUUCAACAACUUCAACUUCUUCAUCUACUAGUCUUUCGAGCUCUUCAAACAGCCAGUCCACAACCUCCACAAGCUCUAGCACCGUCUCGUCUUCUUCAUUCACUUCCACUCCAACAUCUUCUACGAGUUCCAGCAGCAGUAACACCCAGUCAAGUUCAACACAGCCAUCGUCAACCCCUUCGACGAGCUCAUCAACCAGUCCAUCUACCGUCACUACCAACACAGAUAGCUCCAGAACUAGCACCGGGGCUUCCACCACCUCGACUCCGUACCCAACAUAUGUGAACGCCACAAGCACGACGGGCUCUUCCUCUUCAACCUCCGUAUCUCUCACUUUGCCAUCCACGAGCACAGGGGCAUCUACUUCCACUUCUUCGAACAGCAUAAGCACGAUAAACACUAGUGGAACCCCCUUGACAUCUACGAGCACAGGGACAUCUACUUCAACCCCAAGUUCAAGCCUUGUCUCAGCGUCGCCUGUAAGCUCUUCUUCGACGACUUCUGGCUCCUCUCCGACAUCAAGCUCGAGUUCAAGUGCUCUGACAUCUGGAAACCCAUUGAGCACAAGUCCGACGGGCACCGAAUCAGGCACAUCUCAAACGGCACAAAGUUCGUCCUCCGGCGUUCUUUCCACAACGCUCACAGCAUCAUCGGCCACUGAGACGACAAGCACAUCUUCGACUUCCCAAGCCCCUGUCUCCGGCUUUCUUCUUAGUGUUUCUCUGUUGCCUGCUGCCACUGUUUCGGCAAACUGAAUAAUCUGUUGGUUCACUGGAGAAGGGAGUAAAGCGAAACAACGAAGGAGGAAGGCACGAAGCGAUUGGGCACCGGUUGGAUUCGGCCAGUCGGAGAUCAGAGAGACCAUAUCUUGUAAGACUUGCAAAGUCGUAAUUGUGUCUGAUAAGCUUGCAGAAAGUAGUAAUUGUGGCUCUAAAUUGACGAACAUUAAUAUCGAGAGAUUAUCCUUACCGGACCAGUAGACAAGCAGAGAGCUUCAACUGCUCCUAGUGUCGCUGGAGAUGUCCCUUCAACCUCCCACGUUCAAUUGUACACGCAUUGAAAGCUGGGGUAUGUGCUGCAUGGCUUGAUAACUCGAUGAGUUGGCUAUUGUGAAUGAUUCGGAGCCAACGAUCAGGCGUGGCUGGAAGAUUCUCGCAACGACACGUGGUGAGCCGUUGACUGAAUCAAUUACCUU